AUGUACUGCCGUUCAUACUAUAAACCCACUGCUCUCGCCAUCGUUGCUCCCUCUCGCCAUCGUUGCUCCCUCUCGCCAUCGUUGCUCCCUCUCGCCAUCGUUGCUCCCUCUCGCCAUCGUUGCUCCCUCUCGCCAUCGUUGCUCCCUCUCGCCAUCGCUGCUCCCUCUCGCCAUCGUUGCUCCCUCUCGCCAUCGUUGCUCCCUCUCGCCAUCGCUGCUCCCUCUCGCCUCGCUGCUCCCUCUUGCCAUCGUUGCUCCCUCUCGCCAUCGUUGCUCCCUCUCGCCAUCGUUGCUCCCUCUUGCCAUCGCUGCUCCCUCUUGCCAUCGCUGCUCCCUCUCGCCAUCGUUGCUCCCUCUUGCCAUCGCUGCUCCCUCUCGCCAUCGCUGCUCCCUCUCGCCAUCGUUGCUCCCUCUCGCCAUCGUUGCUCCCUCUCGCCAUCGCAUCUGAACCUCAACUACCUCACGGGAGGCAUACCAGACACCUUCUCCAACCUCGUCAACAUGCAGAAAUUGUCAGCGCCUGAGCGCCAAUCGCUUCACAGGGCCCGUGUCAAGCUGCCUCGGCCGGCUCAAGAACCUCAACUACAUGUGAGCUCAACGUACAUCUGCACCACACUCCACCACCCUGCACCAUGCUGCAACCACCUCUGCACAGUCAUCUCCCCGGCCCACCUUCCACUCACCAAACCAACUUGUGUCGUUUCAGGCUUCCACCACACCACUCCGCUCAUGCGCCGUGCCCCUCUCCAUGCGUCUCUCGCUUACUCCACCACCACACUCCGCUCAAUGCGCCGUGCCCCUCUCCAUGCGUCUCUCGCUUACUCCACCACACCACUCCGCUCAUGCGCCGUGCCCCUCUCCAUGCGUCUCUCUCUUACUCCACCACACCACUCCGCUCAUGUGCCGUGCCCCUCUCCAUGCGUCUCUCGCUUACUCCACCACACCACUCCGCUCAUGUGCCGUGCCCCUCUCUAUGCGUCUCUCGCUUACUCCACCACACCCACUCCGCUCAUGUGCCGUGCCCCUCUCCAUGCGUCUCUCGCUUACUCCACCACACCACUCCGCUCAUGCGCCGUGCCCCUCUCCAUGCGUCUCUCGCUUACUCCACCACACCACUCCGCUCAUGCGCCGUGCCCCUCUCCAUGCGUUUCUCGCUUACUCCACCACACCACUCCGUCCCCCUCCCCCGCAAAAUACACCGACACUUGCCACGCGCUAACCCCGUGCUCCUCCGCCCCUCCGCCCUUCCUCUCCUCUCCUUCCCCCCACCCGACCAGGUACAUCGACACGAACAAGUUUGACGGCGUGCUGCCAUCCAGCAUCGGCACCAUCAUGCCGCUCACCAACCUGUACGUGGGGGUUCUGGGCAUGUGCACAUGGGCAUGUGCUGUACGGGGGGGGUGCAUGUUUACGCACGUGGGGCACUCACCAACCUGUACGGUGGGGGGUUUCGGGCUUCACCUCCCACCAUGCCUCCCACCAUGCCUCCCACCAUGCCUCCCACCAUGCCUCCUUCCCACCAUGCCUCCCACCAUGCCUCCUUCCCACCAUGCCUCCCACCAUGCCUCCCACCAUGCCUCCCACCAUGCCUCCUUCCCACCAUGCCUCCUUCCCACCAUGGCCUCCCACCAUGCCUCCCACCAUGCCUAUCACCAUGCCUCCACCAUCCGCUCCCCUUCUCACUCUCUCUCCACCUCUCUCCCCCCUUCUCGCCCCUCUCUUCCCCAACUUUUCCUCCCUCCGUGCAGCUUCAUCAAUCAGAACAGCUUCACAUCGGUCCACUCCCCAUCACCCUCAACGCGUCUCACCAACCUCAACAUCCUCCCCACCCCGCCUACCCGUCUCAGCCCCACCCCGCCUACCCGUCUCAGCCCCACCCCGCCUACCCGUCUCAGCCCCCACCCCGCCUACCCGUCUCUGCCCAACCUCUCAGCCCCACCCCGCCUACCCGUCUCUGCCCAACCUCUCAGCCCACCCCGCCUACCCGUCUCUGCCAACCUCUCAGCCCCACCCCGCCUACCCGUCUCUGCCCAACCUCUCAGCCCCACCCCGCCUACCCGUCUCUGCCCAACCUCUCAGCCCCACCCCGCCUACCCGUCUCUGCCCAACCUCUCAGCCCCACCCCGCCUACCCGUCUCUGCCCAACCUCUCAGCCCCACCCCGCCUACCCGUCUCUGCCCAACCUCUCAGCCCCACCCACCUCUGCCCAUCCUCUCAGCCCCCACCUCCCUCUUCCCAUCCUCUUAUCUCUGCUCGCGUCUGUCCAUUUACUUGUUUCCUGUAAGCCCCCCAACGUGUUUCCUCUUCAUAAGCAGCAACCCCUAUCUGCAAAGCACUCUGCCGGCCAACCUGGGCAACAUGAAGAGCCUUACCGACCUGGUGUCUGAGUUUGCCCCUCUCAACGGCACCAUCCCUGCAACCAUCUCCAAGCUCACCAAACUCUCACGCAUUCUGUUGGACAACGGUCAGCUCACGGGCACCAUCCCGGACGGCAUCAGCCGUCUCAAAGAGCUCACCGUGCUUGCACUGCUGUGCCUCAUGCCAUGCUGUCUCGUGCCAUGCUGCCUCUUGCCAUGCUGCCUCUUGCCAUGCUGCCUCUUGCCAUGCUGCCUCUUGCCAUGCUGCCUCUUGCCAUGCUCGCUCUGUCCCAAUGUCUUACACCGCAUUUCUAACCUCUACACCAUAUCUUAUCCCAAAGCAGAAUAUUAUCUUCACACCAUAUUCACUCACUCGCCUGCCACCUUCCCCGCCACCCACUCCCGCCUUCCCGCCACCCACUCCCGCCUUCCCACCACCCACUCCCGCCCUUCCCGCCACCCACUCCCGCCUUCCCGCCACCCACUCCCGCCUUCCCGCCACCCACUCCCGCCUUCCCGCCACCCCACUCCCGCCUUCCUGCCACCCACUCCCGCCUUCCCACCACCCACUCCCGCCUUCCUGCUGCCCACCUCCCGCCUUCCUGCUGCCCACUCCCGCCUUCCUGCUGCCCACUCCCGCCUUCCUGCUGCCCUCUCCCGCCUUCCUGCUGCCCUCUCCCGCCUUCCUGCUGCCCUCUCCCGCUUCUCCAAUGCUCUCCCACCUUCUCCAACGCUCUUCUGCCUUCCCACCUUCGCAGCUACCUGGACAGCAACGCUUAUGUUCACGCCAUAG